AUGGAUCAAUCCUCGUCGAGUCACCCGCAGUCGUCGCGCGGAGGUGGAGGAGGAGGAGGAGGAGCCGCAGGAGGCGCGCCCGCUGUAUAUGACACAACACACGGAGGUCAUUAUGGUGCCAGUGCAGCACUUGCGAAUUCAGGCUUCGCGCCAGCCGAGCUCUACACAGGACCCUGGGCCAACGUGCAUCAGGGUCUGCAUGGCCAAUACAAGGAUAUCCUGACCACGUACUGGCAGCAAACCAUCAACCACCUCGAGUCCGACCAGCAUGACUACAAGCUUCACCAGCUGCCGUUGGCCCGCAUCAAGAAGGUCAUGAAGGCCGACCCGGAAGUCAAGAUGAUCUCCGCCGAAGCCCCUAUCCUCUUCGCCAAGGGCUGCGACAUCUUCAUCACAGAGCUUACAAUGCGAGCAUGGAUCCACGCCGAAGAGAACAAGCGUCGCACCCUGCAGCGCUCAGACAUCGCGUCUGCAUUAGCCAAAAGCGACAUGUUCGACUUUCUGAUUGACAUUGUUCCCCGUGAAGAGUCCACCAAGCGUCCGAAUCCAACCGGUCAAUCGCAGUCUGGCCAAGGCGCACCGUCGGCAGCACCUGGCCAGCAAAUGCCUGGUCAGCACGGAAUGCCUGGCGCUGCAAACCAUAUGGCACCUGCCGGUUACAUGGGAGAGCACGCGAUUGCGCCCGACCAGCAGUAUCGUGAACCGCCGCCCAUGUAUGCCAACCCAGUCCAGGCUGGACCAGGAGCGCCGUAUGGCCAGCAGCCGCCACAAGCCAUGUAUGGUGACAUGGAAGGCACGCCGGAUAACCGUGGAAAUCAGGGGGUACAGCAGCAGCAGGAUGAUGCUCAGGGCACGUUUGAGGAGGGGUUUGAGAGAGUCGUGGGAAGUGUUCUACCUUCAGUCGAGCAUGGUAAGGAGAUGCAGACAGAAGAGGCACCAGAGGCGGCUAAGCGUGCAGAGUCGGCACCUUUUCUUACUACGCCAAAGAGUGAGGAAAUGCGCCGAACGCUUGACGAUUUCGACUUUCUCGACCUUCUCGACCCCGAUUUCGACUUUCUUGGCCCUGCGUUGCGAAAGCCUGAGGGUGCGAAUGGAGAUGCGCGAAAACAGUAG